AGCCCGCUGAUGUCGGUUCGGUAAUGCCGGAGUAGACCCACUAUCACGGCCGGGUAGCAGCACGAACAGCCGCUGAAGGCGCCACCGGGACCGCGCUGAGGAAAGAUGGCCGCCCCUGCUCUCUCCAGCCGGGCCAGCUCGGCAGGCAGCCUCGGGAACAGCCCCACCAUGGCCGCCAGCAGGUUGCCUCACGGUGGCGGGGGCGUCGGGCCCGAGCUCGACUUUAGAUCGGCGGCCCGCAUGGAGGACCUGAACCGGCUCAUCCAGGAGUUCAGCAAGCACGACCAGCGGGAAUACGAUGACCAGCGGGCCCUGGAGAUCCACACGGCCAAGGACUUCAUCUUCUCCAUGCUGGGAAUGGUCCAGAAGUUGGACCAGAAGCUCCCGGUGGCCAACGAGUACCUCCUGCUGUCCGGCGGCGUUCGGGAGGGCGUGGUGGACAUGGACCUGGACGAGCUGAGCGUCUACGCCCGGGGCACAGACUACGACAUGGAUUUCACGCUGCUGGUGCCGGCGCUGAAACUGCACGACCGCAACCAGCCGGUGACCCUGGACAUGCGUCACUCGGCUCUGGGCCACUCGUGGCUCAGCCUCCGCCUCUUCGAUGAGGGAACCAUCAACAAGUGGAAGGACUGCUGCACCAUCGUGGACCACAUCAACGGGACCACCAACUACUUCUUCUCGCCCACCCUGGUGGCGGACUGGUUCUACCAGUCCAUCUCGCUGGUGCUGCUGGAGGUGCAGAAGAAGCCCCAGAGGGGCAUUCCCAGGGUGGAGAAGGUGGAGAGGAACGGGACGGUCAUCUCGGUCAUCCUGGGCGUGGGAAGCAGCCGCAUGCUGUACGACAUCGUCCCCGUGGUGUCGUUCAAAGGGUGGCCGGCGGUGGCGCAGAGCUGGCUGAUGGAGAACCACUUUUGGGACGGCAAGAUCACCGAGGAGGAGGUGAUCAGCGGCUUCUACCUGGUGCCCACGUGCUCCCACAAAGGCCGCAAGGAGAACGAGUGGCGCCUGUCGUUCGCCCGCAGCGAGGUGCAGCUGAAGAAGUGCAUCUCGUCCAGCCUGAUGCAGGCCUACCAGGCGUGCAAAGCCAUCAUCAUCAAGCUGCUGUCGCGGCCCAAAGCCAUCAGCCCGUACCACCUGCGCAGCAUCAUGCUGUGGGCCUGCGACCGCCUCCCCGCCAACUACCUGUCGCAGGACGACUUCUCCGCCCACUUCCUUCUGGGCCUGAUCGACGACCUGCAGCACUGCCUGGUCAACAAGACGUGUCCCAACUACUUCAUCCCGCAGUGCAACAUGCUGGAGCACCUGUCGGACGAGACGGCCAUGCUGCACGCUCGCAAGCUCUCCUCCGUGCGCUCCGACCCGGCCGAGCACCUGCGCACCACCAUCGAGCACGCCAAGGCCGCCAACAGGCUGACGGUGGAGCUGCAGUGGCGGGGGAGCACCAACAACCUGCCGUCGCCACAGUCCGACGCCGGCGGCGAGAACCAGCCGGACGACCGCCUGGCCAAGAAGCUCCAGCAGCUGGUCACGGAGAACCCCGGGAAGUCCAUCUCCGUCUUCAUCAACCCGGACGACGUCACACGGCCGCACUUUCGCAUCGACGACAAGUUUUUCUGAAGCGGACCCUCCUCGUCAGACCCUCUCCUCCAGUCACCCGCCACCGCCCAAACAUUUUUUAUGUUCCUCCACCACAGUGUCAAGUCAGGUGAUCGUCAAGUCGUGUUUUCCACGAGGGUUCAUUUUCUAGCGUCCUUAUUUUUCUACUUUCCCCCCUCCCCCGUCCCUCAAUGUGUUUCUACGUGCUGGAGGCCUUGACACGGACAUCCGGAAAGACACCGAGACAUGGAACCUCGUUCUCGCAACAAUCAGGAAUGUUGGGGAGGAGGGGGGAGAAGAACUUUUCAAAUGAAUUCAAGGAAUCUGGUUAAUGGUCACUCAUCAAGACCACGUCACUCGCACUCGCAACAACACGGGAACUAUUCUUACAUAGUACUUCACAAUGCGCAACUAAGAACAGUUCAAAGAAUGUACUUCAUUUCCAGCUGAAAUUUGUCCUUAUGCUCUUUUAGCUGUAAAAAAUAUCAAAGGCCGUGUCUCAAAUGGAAUACUUCCGUCAGUACACUUUAGAGGUCCUUGGUCUAAGUCCAUUUAAGUCAAUCACUCAAAAUGUAGACACUUGCUCACGUAGAUGACAGCAAGGCAUACUUGGUCAACAACCACACAGGUUACACUGACGGUGGCGGUAUAAAAAAAACCUUUAACACUCUUACUAAUAAUGCGCCACACUGUGAACCCACACCAAACAAGAAUGACAAACACAUUUCGGGAGAACAUCUGCACCGUAACACAACAUAAACACAACAGGACAAAUACCCAGAAUCCCAUGCAGCCCUAACUCUUCCGGGAUAACCACGAUAUCCCCGUGGUUGUCUUGCUCACUCGAAGCGAGGGCAAGACCGGUCAAUAAUGAGACCAGGAUGCUGCUUAGUGGUCAUUGUCCAUUUCACAGGAGCAGAUCAUUUCACAUGUUUUCAGUUACCAUUUCUAUCCUUAAUGACGAUGGCGGCAGUUUGUCCACUCUAUUCCACAAGGUCUAAUUGCAUUUUACUUCCGCUGUGCUUUUUCUUUGACGCACUGCCUUCAGAAAAGUAUCAAACGCUUGGGAAAUGUAGCGAAAAAGGGGGAAAAAAAGAACUAAAACGAACAAAAGUUAGUGUAAGUACGGAAGUGUGCCAGUUGAGACACGGCCAUAAGGGGAAAAAUGCUCAUCAGGCAUUAUCACAAUUGUGUCAUAAUUAUUGUGGAGUGAAAGUGAAAGAUUGUUUUGAGGUGUGAAUCUUCGGGCACCUAACGCUUUGAGCCAAUUCCGAAUCCAUUCUCAUUUUAACACGAUUCUCGAUUCAAACCGAUUCAAUGUUAUAUUUGGUAUGAUAAUUAUAAUGAAGCUUUUUUUAAAACAGGUU